GGGCAAGUUCGGUGAAGUCCACACGUGCACGGAGAAGCAGACGGGGCUCAAGCUGGCGGCCAAAGUGAUCCGGAAGCAGGGUGCCAAGGACAAGGAGAUGGUGCUGCUGGAGAUCGACGUGAUGAACCAGCUGAACCACCGCAACCUCAUCCAGCUCUAUGAUGCCAUCGAGACACCGCGGGAGAUCGUCCUCUUCAUGGAGUUUGUGGAGGGUGGUGAGCUCUUCGAGCGGAUCAUCGAUGACGACUACCACCUGACCGAGGUGGACUGCAUGGUGUUCGUGCGGCAGAUCUGCGAGGGCAUCCGCUUCAUGCACCACAUGCGUGUCCUCCACCUCGACCUCAAGCCCGAGAACAUCCUCUGUGUUGCUGCCACCGGGCACAUGGUGAAGAUCAUCGACUUUGGGCUGGCUCGAAGGUACAACCCCCAGGAGAAGCUGAAGGUGAACUUCGGCACCCCUGAAUUCCUCUCUCCGGAGGUGGUCAACUACGAGCAGGUCUCCUACACCACAGACAUGUGGAGCAUGGGCGUCAUCACCUACAUGCUGCUCAGCGGUCUCUCCCCCUUCCUGGGUGAUAAUGACACUGAGACGCUCAACAAUGUCCUGGCUGCCAACUGGUACUUCGAUGAGGAGACCUUUGAGAGUGUCUCCAACGAGGCCAAGGACUUCGUUUCAAACCUUAUCAUCAAGGACAAGAGCUGGUUCCUGGGGUUUGGGGCUCCUGGGUGGCUGGAGAAGGGGAAAAACUUCAUUGGGGUGUGCGCUGCCAACCGCUUCAAGAAGAUCACCAGCUCGGGGUCACUGACGGCGCUGGGUGUCUGA